AUGGCCAGCACGGCAGUGCAGCUCCUGGGCUUCCUGCUCAGCUUCCUGGGCAUGGUGGGCACGCUGGUCACCACCAUCCUGCCACACUGGCAGCGGAAGGCUCACGUGGGCACCAACAUCCUCACGGCCGUGUCCUACCUGAAGGGGCUGUGGAUGGAGUGUGUGUGGCAGACCACUGGCAUCUACCAGUGCCAGAUGUACCGCUCCAUGUUGGCACUGCCCCGUGACCUGCAAGCAGCCCGCGCCCUCAUGGUCAUCUCCUGCCUGCUGUCGGGCGUCGCCGUCGCCUGUGCCAUCAUCGGCAUGAAGUGCACGCGCUGUGCCAAGGACACGCCGGCCAAGGCGGUGAUGGCAACCACGGGCGGGGCCCUCUUCCUGCUGGCCGGCCUCUUCUGCCUGGUGCCCGUGUCCUGGACCACUCACAACAUCGUCCAGGAUUUCUUCAACCCACUUCUGCAUAGCAGCCUCAAAUAUGAGCUUGGCCAGGCCCUGUACUUGGGCUUCAUAUCCUCGUCCUUCUCGCUCAUCGGGGGCACACUGCUGUGUCUCUCCUGCCAGGAAGAAGCACCCUCCAGGCCCUACCAGGCCCAGUCCCGGGUCACAGCGCCAGCCUACCGGCCGCCAGCUGCCUACAAGGACAACAGGGCCCCAUCAGCCACGUCAGCUACGCACAGCGGGUACAGGCUCAAUGACUAUGUGUGAUUCCUUCCCUGCACCCCAAAUCCACUCCCCCCUUUUCAUCCUCCAGGACUCAGGGUGCAGAUCUUUCCAGGCGUGGGUAGUGACACACAGUCUGCAGAAUAUUGGUGGCCCAGAAUGAGUAGGAGGAAAUGGGUAGCUGGGAAAGAGAGGGGGGAAUGAGAAAAACUUCUCUCCACCAGACUCAACACCACAACCUAUGCCUCUUGUAAUUAUUCAUGGAUUUAUGCGAGGGACUGGCGAGAAGCAAAAUAAAAAGCGACUUGAA